CCGCUGCCAAACUGCUGCAGGAAGCGGGACACAAGGUAACCGGUCUCAGGUUUUCUUCUCUUGUGCCACUGCAACCUUUAUCACUUCAUACUGGCUCGACGGUUGAUUCACCAAUUUGUUUUUGUGAAUGAAACGUCGCUAGCUAGAAUUAUCAUGGGACGUAGUUAGCCAGAAGCACAAGCAGAUAGAGCUAGCUAGAAGCACAGUUAGACGUAGCUAGCUAGAAACACAAUGAGCCGUAGCUGUUCGGUGUGUGUGUGCGUGUGCGUGUAUGCAGGUGACGGUGCUGGAAGCUAGUGGGAGGGUGGGCGGGAGGGUGGAGACCUACAGACACCAGACAGGGGGCUGGUAUGCUGAACUUGGAGCCAUGAGGAUUCCAAGCUUCCACCAGAUUGUGCUGUACUACGCCCAUGUUGUUGGCGUGGCAUUGCGUCAGUUUGUGAUGUAUGACCCCAACACCUUCUACCUGGUCAAUGGGCAGCGUGUGAAGACCGACGCAGCGCGGAGAAACCCAGCCCUCCUCAAAUACAACAUCACCCGUAAGGGGAAGGCCCUGUCAGCUGAUCAGCUGCUGGAUCAGGCCUUAAAGACGGUAAAAGACGCAGUGAGACAUGAAGGAUGUGCGGCAACCUUUAAGAAAUAUGACCAGUAUUCUGUCAAGGGAUAUUUGGUUCAAGUGGCUAAUCUGAGUUCUGAGGAGGUGAGGAUGAUAGGAGACCUGCUGAAUGAGAACAGCUGGAUGUACACCGCCCUCACGGAGAUGCUCUACGAACAAGCAAAUCUCAACGACAACACUGAGUAUUUUGAGGUAGUUGGUGGCUCAGAUCGUCUCCCUCAAGCCUUGCAUAACGUCCUGGCUAAACCCGCCCAGCUGAACUCUCCGGUCAAACAAAUCACCCACUCAGACGCUGGUGUUGAUGUAUUUUACCUGAAGGGUAAAGACUCAGAUCCGACCAAGCUGUCUGCUGACGCAGUCCUGGUCACGACCACAGCCAAGGCAGCUUGCUUCUUAGAGUUUGUCCCCCGGCUGACCCCAGGAAAGAGGCAUGCACUGAGCAGCGUUCACUACGACAGCUCCACCAAGAUCAUCCUCACCUUCAGCCGAAGGUUCUGGGAGGAUGACUGCAUCAAGGGGGGCAAGAGCAUCACAGACCGCCCCUCUCGCUUCAUCUACUACCCCAGCCACAAAUUCCCCAAUAACCCAGACAUCGGCGUGCUGCUGGCCUCCUACACCUGGUCUGACGACUCCCUAAUCUUCCAGGGCCUGGGAGAUGAGGAGCUGAAGGAGGUGGCCCUGAAGGACCUGGAGCUCAUCCACGGGGAGCAGGUCUGGGACCUGUGCACGGGGGUGGUGGUGAAGAAGUGGAGCUCUGACCCCUACAGCCUGGGAGCCUACGCCAUGUUCACUCCCUACCAGCAUACUGAUUACUUGUCUGAGCUCUUCCAGUCCCAGGGCAGGGUUCACUUCGCUGGGGAACACACGGGCUUAACUCACGCCUGGAUUGAAACAGCCAUCAAGACGGCCAUCAGAGCUGCCAAGAACAUCAACACCCAGCUUCAAGACAGCUUCAUGUCCACUGAAGAGAAGAGCUCUGACUCCAACACCAAGCUUCAAGACAGCUUCAUGUCUACCCCUAGAGGAGAUCUCUAACUCUAACACCCAAGCAUUAUUUUGUUAUUAAUCACAUAUAUUAAAGCCUGAGAAUAUAGUACCUUCAUGUAAGCAGUACUAGCUCUUCAUUUGCAUGUGUAAGCCUUUUGAACGAAUCUAAAACAAAAUUGGUGUCUGCUAUGAACUCUAAAGGUAAUGAUAAUCGACCAAUCUGAGACUGCAGCCUACAUGCAUGCAAUAUCCUAGCUAUGCACCUAUUACGUCACCUUUCCAAGUACUGUUACUUAACAUAAUAAGACACAGCCCAUCUGGCAAUGUAAACAUUGCACAUUUCAAUGAAACAUACAGACGAUUAUUAAACAAAUGUUUUGCUUUGUGAUUAUCUAAAUUAACAAACUUAAACCAAUAUUACCAAUGCUGCCCAAAUUUUGGCUUGUAUUAGUAUCCUAUCGAAUGUGCUGUCCAAACAACGAGUACUCGUUUUGUGUUUGCACUUUCUUUUUUUUCCGUUGCACAAAGAAAUUCUGCGUCAGUUUCCGCCAAUGUAUGCAGACAAAGGUCAUUUCAAGCUUCCUUUAAUAAAGAAUGAAUGAACAGAAUGGAUGUUUAAUGAAUAACUACAUCUGGAUAUUGA